UCUCAUGCUUAACUGGGACCCCUUUGCAUUGUUCCCAUUUUUACCGCCCUGAGGGUUCCCCACUUCCAACGAAUCCCCGAAACAACGAAGUGUUGUUCCCCCUUUGCCCGGGCUUCUCACCCCCAGGCUGCUACCCUGAAUCCAACAACGUGCCCAUUUCAGCCCCUUCCACAUGCCGCUAUGCCUAGCACCUCCUACUUGCCCCCCUUCUACUUGUCCUCUGUCCCCCUUUCCCCAGUCUCCAAGCUUUGGUCUUUCCUGAGUGUCCCCGACUUCGCGACACUCCUCCACCACCUGGAUGGGGGAGGCCCAGCUCGGCAUCACCAUUUCCUCGGAGGGUCCUUCAGCUUCUCACGCAUUACCUUUGUGCCCUCGUCCCCUGUACCUAAUUCCUAAUGUCUCUCCUGGAAAUAUACCUGCACCCAUUUACUCCCCCACCUCUCGGGCUCUACACAAGCCCAGUCAGUCCAGCGUUCUCGGCUAGAGUGAGACUGAAACUGACAGCCUCAGGUUACUCGGUUAAGUCCCGCCCCGGCCGGACCUCCCAGCCAUAGGGAGGCGCUGUCCUCCCUCUCGCCUGCACAAAGAGGACCCCCCUCUCAAAUCUGGGGUGGGAGGAAGGGGCGGAUUAAGGCCUGGGUGGGGCGCAUCCAAAAGGUUGGUUCUGGCUGGGAGCGGCGGGAGGGCGAAAGGCCGGGAGACGGCAAUAGGCCCCAACCACUUAGAGUAGUAGAGGGGCGGGGAGGGCAAAAGAAGACAGCCCUCCGGUUAGUGUCCCGCGCAGGACCACGUGAUUAGAGAGGUCCCGCCCUCCUCCGCCGGAACCAGGUGUUCGAACCCGAGUGCAGAACUGGCGGCGUCCCCAUCCUGCCGGCGUGAGGCGCCCGAGGACCUGCCCUGGUGCUCAUGGCAGCGCCCGUCCGCCUGGGCCGGAAACGCCCGCUGCCAGUUUGCCCCAACCCGCUCUUCGUACGCUGGCUCACCGAGUGGCGGGACGAAGCAGCCAGCAGGGGGCGUCGCACGCAAUUCGUGUUUCAGAAGGCGCUGCGCUCCCUCCGGCGGUACCCACUGCCCCUGCGCAGCGGCAAGGAAGCUAAGAUCCUACAGCACUUCGGAGACGGGCUCUGCCGAAUGCUGGACCAGCGGCUGCAGCAGCACCGAGCAUCAGGUGGUGACCAUGCUCCAGGUUCAUCUGGAGCGAACAGUCCAGCCCCGGAAAGGCUACCUGCUGAAGUUCAGGACUCGUCCAUGCCAGUUCCAGCCCAACUCAAAGCAGGAGGCUCUGGCAGCUACUGGCCAGCUCGGCACUCGGGGGCACGAGCAGUGCUGCUGCUGCUGUACCGGGAACAGCUGAAUCCCAGUGGCCCUGGCUUCCUAACCAAGGAGGAGCUGCUGCAGAGGUGUGCCCAGAAGGCUCCCAGGGUGGCCCCUGGCAGUGCUCGGCCUUGGCCAGCCCUCCGCUCCCUCCUCCACAGGAACCUGGUCCUCAGGACACACCGGCCAGCCAGAUAUUCACUGACCCCAGGGGGUCUGGAUCUGGCCCAGAAGCUGGCUGAGUCAGAGGGGCUGAGCUUGCUGAGUGUGGGCAUAGGGCCAGAGGAGCCCCCCAGAGAGGAGUCCAAAGUGCCAGGAGCAGCCUCAGCUGAGCUUGGCGCCAGUGAGGGGAGCGUCCAGCAGCCACCCUUGGAGCUGGGGCCUGGAGAGUACAGGGUGCUGUUGUGUGUGGAUGUUGGCGAGACCAAGGGGGCGGGGCACAGGCCAGAGCUGCUCCGAGAGCUGCAGCGGCUGCAUGUGACCCACAUGGUGCGCAAGCUGCAUGUUGGGGACUUUGUGUGGGUGGCACAAGAGACCAGUCCCAGAGACCCAGCACGACCUGGAGAGCUAGUCCUGGACCACAUUGUGGAGCGAAAGCGGCUAGACGACCUGUGUAGCAGCAUCAUCGACGGCCGCUUCCGGGAGCAGAAGUUCCGGCUGAAGCGCUGCGGCCUGGGGCACAGGGUAUACCUCGUGGAGGAGCACGGCUCAGUGCAUAACCUCAGCCUUCCUGAGAGCACGCUGCUGCAGGCUGUCACCAACACUCAGGUCAUCGAUGGCUUCUUUGUGAAGCGCACAGCAGACAUUAAAGAGUCAGCUGCCUACCUCGCCCUCUUGACAAGGGCCCUGCAGAGACUCUGUCAGGGCCACACCCUCCGCAGCCGCCCCUGGGGAACCCCAGGGGAUCCUGAAUCAAGGACUGGGCCUUUCCCUAACCCUCUCUGCUCACUCCUCACCUUUGAAGACUUCAAUGCAGGAGCCAUCAAGAACAAGGCCCAGUCUGUACGAGAGGUGUUUGCCAGGCAGCUGAUGCAGGUGCGCGGAGUGAGUGGAGAAAAGGCAGCAGCCCUGGUGGAUCGGUACAGUACCCCUGCCAGCCUUCUAGCCGCCUAUGAUGCCUGUGCCACCCCUAAAGAACAGGAAAUGCUACUGAGCACCAUCAAGUGUGGGCCACUGCAGAGGAAUCUGGGGCCCGCUCUAAGCAGGACCUUGUCACAGCUCUACUGCAGCUAUGGCCCCCUGACCUGAGCUUCGCUGCGAAACAGGCCCCAGCCUCCAUCUUCCCAGGCUUGCCAGCCUUUUAACUGGAAUAUUUGGGGUAUAAUAAAAAUCUAAGUGUUUGCA